AUGGAUCAAACUAUUUCCAUAUUGAGUGAACAACGCUCCUGCCACCCCAAUGAUCUACGAACAUCGCCGAACAGUGCCGAUUGUUACUCCCAAGAAGGUGAUCACCCCCUGGCGCUUUGUUUACCGUCCUCCCAAACUUUGAUUCAAGCCUCCCGUACGCCGCCUCCACCUUGGAACGUACCCACCAAGAAAGGAAUACCCGGGCUCAUAUGCGUCGUCUGCGGGGAUACCAGCUCGGGGAAACAUUACGGAAUUCUGGCCUGCAACGGCUGUUCCGGAUUUUUCAAAAGAUCCGUCAGAAGAAAACUCAUUUAUAGGUGUCAAGCUGGAACUGGUCGAUGUAUAGUAGACAAGGCACAUAGGAAUCAAUGUCAAGCGUGUCGUUUAAAGAAAUGUCUCGCUAUGGGGAUGAACAAAGACGCCGUGCAAAACGAAAGACAACCGAGAAAUACGGCUACCAUAAGACCGGAAACGUUAAGAGACAUGAGCGCCGAACAAGAAAGAGCCCUAAGAGAGGCCGCUGUAGCCGUGGGCGUCUUCGGACCCCCCGUAUCUUUAACGAUGGCUUUCAAUCCAGCAAGAUACACAAACACUUUUCUAACGCAUACAACGUUGCCGAAUAGAGAACCGACACCUAAAGAUAUGAACACCAGCAGCGAUAAUGACGAAGAAAGUAUAGAUGUGACUAACGAAGAAGACGAUACGCCUACGGGAUGCGGCGUAUCGUCCAGUAGCGGUCCGUUACGACCCGAACCGCAAUCAGGUUCCAUCGCCACGGGAAUCUAUCAAACACCCCACGAAACUAUACACGAAACGUCCGCUAGACUGCUUUUUAUGGCGGUCAAAUGGGCCAAAAAUUUACCGAGCUUCGCUAGUUUGCCAUUCAGAGAUCAGGUGAUAUUGUUAGAAGAAACUUGGAGUGAAUUGUUUCUCUUAAACGCCAUCCAAUGGUGUAUGCCUCUCGAUAUAUCCGCCAGUCCUUUAUUCAACAUCAACGAACACACCAAAAACGGCCAUUCGAUUGUCGAUGUCAAAAUUUUAGGAGACACGCUUCUCAGGUUCAAAGCAGUUCACGUGGAUCCAGCCGAAUUCGCUUGUUUGAAAGCCGUCGUUUUAUUCAGAGCCGAAACGCGAGGCUUAAAAGAUCCAAGUCAAAUUGAAAAUCUCCAAGAUCAAGCUCAAGUUAUGUUAUGGCAACACUGUAGAACACAACUACCAGGUCAAGUUGCGAGAUUCGGUAGACUCCUACUGAUGUUACCGUUACUCAGAAUUGUUCCUGCGCUAAGAAUCGAAGCGAUUUUUUUUCAAAAAACCAUCGGAAAUACGCCGAUGGAAAAAGUUUUGUGCGACAUGUAUAAAAAUUAAUAAAUUCGUUGUAAAUAUAUUAACGUUAAUCUGUAAAAUAUGUCUAUUUAUAUGAUAUCACUCGUUAUUUUUAGUUGCAGUACUAAUUACAGACACUGUAUUCAAAAUACUCAAAAUUGUGACU